UGAUGGGUAAAUAUCUACGCACAAAUGUGAAAACGGAACCUCCAUCACCUAGAUAUGUGCAGUCCCAACAAGAUUCAGUGUCAACACCAAAUAUUGUGAGACAUGAAAAACAACAACAUAAUAUACCACAACAACAAACAAGUCCUUUACCACUUACGAAUGGUAAUAAACCACAACAAAUUUUAUCACACCUGAAAUCUCAUAGUCAGCAGCAACAAAAUCAACAACGUAGUUUAUCGGAAAUAUCAGGAAAAGCAUCAACUUUAUCCAUACCUCCAGCUCAUCAGUUGUCAAUGUCAGAUGUAUCCGAUAUGCUCCUUGAAUUUUAUAAAGCAAAUGCAGCAAAGGCACCAAAGAAUAAUAAAAUUGACAAAUUUCCGCGACAAGCAUCCCCAUCAUCGGCUGAUGGUGCUACAUCAAUAAUAACAUCUACGCCCACAAUAACAAUAACCCCAACAAAAAUUCGGCCAACAUUUUCCAAUGGUAGUGAAUCAUCGACACCUAUUCAUACAUCAACAAUAAUUGAAAAGUUGACAACGGCUGUUGUUUCAAAAAACUUGAAUGGUGAUGAAAUGGUUGCAAAAAAGUCAAAUGAAACACAUCAAUUUCAAUCACCUCAUCAUCAAUCAGAAGAAAAUUGUAGCAGUUCAUCAAUUAUUGCAAAUGCUGUUACAAAGGAUAUUAAAAAAUUAAAUGCGCCAUUUCAUCCCAGAAUAAAAUAUUCAAGUGUUAACAAUAAAUCUCCUAUUUCCGGGCAAUUAACUACCAUAAUACAGCCGUUAAUGAGUGAAAAUGUUCCGCCAACAUCAACAGCAAUAUCUAUUGCUAAUACAAGUUUGACAUCUUCAUCUACUGGUCUUCCUCAGUCGUCAGUUGUUGUUGUCCCUUCGUCAGUAAUUCAAUCGCCAAUAUUACCAUCAGCUCCAGCUGCGGCUGCUUUAGCUGCAGCUCUUUUUCGUGAUGGAUAUCAAAAUUUUCAUCAUCAAAUUCGAGCACAGGAGCAAUUAUUAAAACAACGACAGCAAGAUCAGCAGUCACAGCAAUCAAAUGUUCAGCAACAACAAACUGUUGGUAGCAGUAACGGUUUAAAAAAUGAUUGCGGUAAUCCAAACAAUGGUUCUAAUCGAAUUGAAGAAAGGCGCUUAAGUGGACCACCGCAGCUUCCACCUAAAUAUAUGCAAAAUUUUUUAAUGAAAAAAGAUCAAUAUUCAGACAAUGAACAAUCAAGUUCAGAUGAAAGAGAAGAUGAUGACGAAGACGAAGGAAAGUAUCCUGAAAUCGAUGAUAUUCAUUUAAUUGAAGGCUCCAAAUCGGGUUUUAAUACAUCUAAUCAAUUGUCAGUGUCAAUGGAUGCAACUGACUACCUGUCCGAUGAGACGCAUCACAAAUAUUCUAUGAUUGCUGCGCAUGCAUUAAGAAAUUUAGAAUACACUUUGAAUGAUUAUGGCAAUAGUGGAAGCGGUGGUCACCAUCGUAGCAGUAGUGGUAAUAGUAAUGCUGGUGCAGAUAAUAUGAGCAAUAGUAACAGUGAUUGUGGUAAUAAUAGUAUACUAUCAAAAUAUGAAGUAGGUCCUAAUGGUGAAGUUGAAGCUAUGUAUAACUGUAGACAUUGUGGUAAAAAGUAUCGUUGGAAGUCUACUUUACGUCGCCAUGAAAAUGUUGAAUGUGGUGGCAAAGAACCAUCGCAUCAAUGCCCCUAUUGUCCAUAUAAAUCAAAACAGAGAGGUAAUCUGGGAGUUCAUGUACGCAAACAUCAUGCUAAUUUACCACAAUUAGCUAGUAAACGAAGAUCAAAAUAUUCGCAACCGAGAGAUUAGGGAACGGAAAAUUUUAUUCAAAAAAUUUUUAUUUUGUAUAAUAAUUUGAACAAUUUGUUUUCGAAUAUAAAUUAUAUUAAGUGGAAAAUGCAACAUAUGGGGAGGGAAAUAUGGUAAAGGGCUUUCGUAUACGUUGGUGAAGAAAUGGUAACGUGAAUAAGAGUUGCAUAAAAUAAGAUAAGUGAAUAUAUUAAAAUUCAUUUCAAAUAUGUAUACUAUAAGAAAAUAUUAAAAACAAUUUCAGUGAAUUAUGUCACGUAUAUGCAUAUAUAUUUUAAGAGCAGCCCAACCCCUUAUUAUUUGUAAUUAAAAAUUAAUUUUAUAAUAUUAUAAUAUUAUAAAAUUAUAAAUUAUACAUACUUAUAAACAAUAAUUAUAAUUAUAAAUUUAGUUUAAAACUUUUUUUACUCAUUAAAAUUACAAUCAAUUUAAAGACUGCCUUCAU